AUGGCCGAUUCCACUACUUGCAACCUUAACUUGAGUAGAGAGUCCAUUCAGGCUGCAACUGAAGAUACUCGGGAAGUCCAGAUCACCAACCAGGCUGCAGCUGAAGAUGGUAGCACAUUCAUGGAUCCUAAAUUGUACAAGGCUGCAGCAGAUGGUCACAUCCAUGUAUUUGAGCAAUAUAAUAUUCAUGUCCAACGAACCCCAAAAAGAACACAGUUCUCCAUGUUGCAGCCCAAUUUGGCCAAGCGGACUGCGUUAAGUGGAUCCUUCAGUUGCCUUCUUCAUCACUAUUGCAACAGCCCAAUGAGAAAGGAAGACCCCGACUUCACCUAUGGUGCUAAUGCUGAAGGCAACACUCCUCUUUACAUCGCUGCUGAUUGGGGAUUCGGAGACUUGGUGCAGAUGAUCCUAGAAAUUUGCUCUUCACCAGCUCAUAGUGGCUUCAAGGGUCGAGCGGCUUUGCGUGCUGCAGUAAUUGUCAAUGACCAAGCAAUGACAGAGAAGAUACUGGGAAAAAAGCAUGCUUUAACUAAAGAAUUGGAUCAAGAUGGGUGGUCUCCCCUUCACUUUGCUGCAUAUGUGGGUUGUAAUCCAACAAUAGUGAGGCAAUUGCUAGAGAAAUCUGACACGUAUGUUGCCUAUCUGGGCGUGAAAGUCCAUGGAACUGGAAACAGGACAACUCUUCACAUUCCCGCCAGCCAAGGCAAUAUAGAAAUGGUGAAGCUGUUGGUGUCACACGUUCCAGAUUGCUGCGAGAAACUUGAUGAUAAGGACAAUAAUGUUCUUCACUUGAUCGUGACAAAACAAAUAUCUGUAACUUCGUUCAAAAAUAUUUGCUGGUUAAGGGUGAGAGGACUCAUCAAUGAGAAGAAUGUUGAUGGAAAGACACCUUCCAUCUGUUUCACAAUUCUCCCUCGCUUAAAGAUACCGAGUCCCAGUUCCAGAGAUAGUAUCAGACCCUCGAGUUCGCUAGAAAUCAAGGAAGACAGCGACAGCAGAAAAAGCCAAGAUAGUGAAGAGAUAUCUGAAAUGAAGAAAACAAUUAAAAGCCAUAUGAUAGUGGCGGCACUCAUAGCAACCAUAACCUUCGCGGCAGGUUUCACGCCGCCUGGUGGUUACAUUGAGAACGAGAGCAACAACCAGGGCAUGGCAGUCCUAUCGAUCCCCAGCCAUGGCACCAAGGGCAAGGACCGACACACGGCAAUUGCAGUAAGGGAAAAUUUCAGAAUUUUGUCAUCGCAGAGAGCAUAG